UUGAGCAAUACAACACUUCUUUUUCAAAUGAAAUCAUUUUUUUGGAGAAUGGACGAUACGGAAUACGUUCCUGUAAAGAAACGAAGGCAACGAAUAUUGCAACAAGCAAAAGAGUUGAUACAAAGUCAAGGGUUGCAACAAGUGGAGAACAACAACUUGAAAGAACCAGAAAAUCCAUUCCCGAACGAACAGAACGUCACUGAACAUAGUUCUUUGAAAAGUUUCGUAAAGGAAAGGACUUCGCUUUUGGACAGAGUAAUAAGCCAUAAGAACGAAAAAGAGACACAAGACUCCAAAGUGAAUCAAUUGGCGGAAGAAGAAGCAAAAAUAAUAGAAGAUUGGACUGACCAAAGAAGGGCCUUAAAAGCAGUAGGAGAAAUAGCGAAGAAUAUUCAUUACACUGAGCCAAUUAGGACUUCUUGGAAUCCACCAAAAUACUUGGAAGAACUCUCUGCAGUUCAGUGGCAGACACUGAGACAAAAAUAUGGUGUCUCGGUAGAGGGAGAAGAAAUACCUCCUAUGUGUUUUACGUUUCGCGAAAUGAAAUUUCCUAAACCAAUAAGAACUGCACUGAAAGAAAUGAAAGUAAAACGUCCAACUCCGAUUCAAAUGCAAGGCCUUCCUGUGGCUUUAACAGGAAGAGAUUUGAUUGGUAUUGCUUCAACUGGUUCAGGUAAAACUCUUGCUUUUCUUCUUCCUCUUGUUAUGAUGGCCUGGGAAGCGGAACGAAAAUUGCCAUUAAUACCAGGUGAAGGUCCUCUUGGACUUAUUAUAUGUCCUUCGCGAGAACUUGCGAGGCAAAUCUAUGAUAAUACGGAAUGCUUUGUAAGACAUAUUCAGAGCUUUGAUGGAACCACUAUUCGAAGCAUUUUGGCCAUUGGUGGUGUUAGUAUUCAUGAACAGUUGGAAAUCAUGAGUGAAGGAGUUCAUAUUUGUGUCGCAACUCCCGGUAGACUUCAUGAUUUGUUGAAAAGGAAAAAGCUUCAUCUUGAAAGUUGUAGAUUUGUUUGUUUAGAUGAAGCAGAUAGACUUAUUGAUUUAGGAUUUGAAGAGGAUAUCCGUGGAAUAUUUGAUUUUUUUGUUUCACAGCGUCAAUCUCUCAUGUUCUCUGCCACAAUGCCUAAGAAGAUUCAGAGCUUUGCAAGAACAGCGUUGGUCAAUCCGAUAUUGGUCAAUGUAGGUCGAGCAGGAGCAGCCAAUAUCAAUGUGAUACAGGAAGUUGAAUACGUCAAUCAAGAUGCCAAGAUUGGUCGCUUGUUGGAAUGUCUUCAGAAGACUGCUCCUCCUGUAUUGAUAUUUUGCGAGAAUAAGAAUGAUGUAGACGAUGUUCAUGAAUAUCUCUUAUUGAAAGGAGUUUAUGCCGCAGCCAUUCAUGGAGGAAAAGAUCAGGAAGAGCGACAGAAAGCUGUUGAAGACUUUCGCAAAGGAAAAAAGGAUGUUUUGGUUGCUACUGAUAUUGCAGCAAAGGGACUCGAUUUUCCAGAGGUUCAACAUGUCAUUAAUUACGAUAUGCCGAAAGAUAUUGAAGACUAUGUUCAUCGUAUAGGAAGAACUGGUAGACGUGGUAAAACUGGUCUUGCUACGACCUUUGUCAAUUCCACAUGUAACAUGAGUGUACUGUUAGACUUGAAAGAGCUGCUUAUUGAAGCUAAGCAGAAAGUGGCACCAUUUUUAGAGAAUUUGGAUGUUCACAACUUUGCAUUGGAAGAUGUGGGUGGUGUUCGUGGUUGUGCUUAUUGUGGUGGUUUAGGACAUCGUGUUACUGCAUGUCCCAAGUUGGAAGCUGAAAAACUUAGAACAAUGUUAGGUAUUACUGGUUCUACUGCACAGGACCGUCUUUUGGCUGAUCGCUCUGGAACGAGAGGCUAUGGAGGAGAANGAAAUGAAGAACUUGAAGCACUGAAGGCAAUAUUUGGGAAUGACUUGAAGGAAAUACAAGUAAACAAAUUGAAAAAGAAUAAUAAAAAACAGAAGAAGAAACAGAAAGUGUUGGAAAUUUCACUGUUUCCUUUUUCUGGACAAUCUGGAACCAACGAUAUUGUUAUAUGUUUACAGUUUCGAUUGGGUCCCAAGUAUCCUGUAGGCGAAGCUCCAAAGUUGUCUCUAAAAGAAGUACAAGGCAAAUUACCCCUUAGUCAGAGGAAACGUAGAGAGCUUCAAAGGGAUAUUGCACAAGUGCCACUUUCCUACAAGGGAAGAGUGUGUAUAUAUGACAUUGUAGAGUUUGUAAGAGAAAGAAUUGUAGAAUAUUGUUGUUCCCUUGAUAGUGCAGCAAAUGUAGAAGAAACCUUUCCUGGUAAAAGUUUACAAGUUAUUGACAUUGCUACCGAGCAAAAACUACAAGAGAAUACGAAAGUCUUGUUAGAGAAACAAGAGGAGAAAGAAAGAGUAGCUGAAGAAGAAUAUGCUUUAGAAAGGAAUGCUAGGAAGAGAUUUCCGGAAGCUGGUCUGGACCUUGAGUUAUUUUUGCGGUCCAGUAGCUCUAUGAGAGAAGGUCUUCAGCAAAGGUCUUCCGAAAAGGGUUUUAGAGUUCCCAAUUAUAUCGAUGAUAUAACUUUCUCGGAAACUUUGAGUAGUGGUUCAGAAAGAUUAGAUGAAUUGAGUAACUUGAUAUUGGACCAAGUUUCAACAGAAGGUAUUGCCUCUUCGUGUGUUGAAGAAGAAGAAGAAGAAGAGUGUGAUGUAAAUAUUAGUAAGGAAGAGAUAUUUAUUCGUCAUCUGCUUCGUUCCUUGUUGUAUUCCAAUGAACGGAAUUUCGGAGAGGAAGAAAUAGACCUUUCACAUGUUGAAAUAUUGGAAGAAGUUUUUGGAGAUAUCCGUUUGGAUCAUUUGAACAGUUCUUCUGAAGUGGAAGCGUUUAGGAGAUUAUUUGGGAAUCAGAUGAGAAGGGCAAGUAAAAAAGGAGGAAUCGAAAAUACUUUUUGGUCCAUUUUAAUGAAUACUUCUGUCAUGAGAAGACAGUUGAAUAGUCGAUUCCGUCCACUACCUUCAAGAUAUCGAGAAGACUUUGAAUAUUUACGUUUAUUGGGUCGAGGAGGAUUUGGCUCUGUCAUGAAAGUUCGUAACAAAUUAGAUGGUCGCAUUUAUGCACUGAAACGUGUUGCCUUAACGGAAGAACUCUUACAAGAGCGUCAUAUUUUGAGAGAGGUUACAACACUGUCAAGGUUGAGUCAUCCACAUGUUGUCCGCUACCAUCACGCAUGGUUGGAAUAUAAUGAGUCUUUGGAAAGUUCUUCGGAACAAGAGGAAUCACCGGAGAGUGCAAAGGUUGUUGCCUAUUUAUAUAUUCAAAUGGAAUACUGCAGAAGGACUUUGAGAGAAUUUAUCGACCAUGUUGUUGAUAAAAACGAGGAUCUUUGGGGUCUCUUUAGACAGAUUGUGGAAGGAUUACACCACAUUCAUCACUGUGGUAUUUUACAUCGAGACUUGAAACCAACAAAUAUAUUCUUUGAUGCUCAAGGAACAAUCAAGAUUGGUGAUUUUGGUCUUGCUAAAGAAAUUGUUACUCAGGAAGGGGUUUUGUCGUCUUCAGAUAGAAGAUAUGCUGAUCAUGUGUCUUUGAGUGGCAACUUGAUCUCAAAUGACUCCUUUGGCAACGACCGGACAGGAGGCGUUGGUACACUUUAUUACCGUGCUCCAGAACUUGAAGAGAAUGAAUUUCCUACAUAUGAUAGCAAAGUCGACAUAUAUUCCCUCGGAAUAAUUGCUUUUGAAUUAUGGCAUGGUCCGUUUGAGACUGCAAUGGAAAGACAUGAAGUAUUGAUGCGACUAAGGGAGACGGGAAGUCCAGAUAGUGACUUUCAAGGACGUCUUCAAAGACAAGGGAAACUUAUUCGUAGCCUUUUGAUGAAGGAUCCGAAGAAAAGACCUAAUGCAGCACAACUUUUAGAUGGAGAUUUCUUGCCUCCAAAAGUAGAAGAUGAAUAUGUUCGAGAGGUCAUGAGGAGAAUAGGCGAUCCUAUUUCUCAUUUGUAUAUGAAAGCACUGUCAACGCUAUUUGAAGCUGCGCCUUUUUGGAAUCGGAACAGUCUUAGUGAUGAGAGUUUGAUGAUUUUUCCAAACAAACUCUUUGAAAGUUUCUCAUCAAGUUUUUAUUUGUGUUAUAGUCGAAUGUUGGAUAAUUUAGAGAAUACUUUGAGAAAUGUGUUCCAGAAAUAUGGUGCUAUUCCUUUUCAACAUAAUGUAUCCUCUUUUGCUUUUCACGAACUUCAGAGUAGACCUUUGGAAGAUAAUGAUUCCUUUCAGUUAUUGCUACGUUCUGGAAAGAAGAUUUCUGUUUGCAGCACUUUUAGGAAACACAUGUUGGGAGAAUAUCUUAGUUUAGGGAAAAAUGUAAGACUCUUCGAAUUUGGUCAAGUCUGGGAUCUGGAAGAAGAUGGUUUUUGGGACAACUGGUAUCACUAUGAAUCAGAAAUGUUCCAUUCGACUGUUAAAGAUAUUCGAACCUAUCGGGUUGCUGAAUUAAAUUCAUUUUAUUCAACAGGUCUUGUUGUUUUAGAUGCGGAGUUGCUGUUUCUAGUUGCAGACUUGUGUCAACAUUUCCGUUCGCAUUAUGGGAAACCCGUUUCUAUUCGACUUUCACAUGCAGAAUUAUUGCCUGCUAUUUUAGCUCAUGCUGGGUUUUUUCAAGUUUUUCAUCCCAAGCAAGAAGUUUCCAAACAAUUGAUUCACAUUGUUUCUUCCAUUCUAUCAUCAUCAUUCUACAAAGGGAAUAACUUGAUAAGGAGAGAAUUGAUGAUGGUUUUAUCGAAUGAAAAUAUCAUCUCCAACUCGGAUAGUCAUCAGAAAAGACUCGUACACAGAACAGUAGAGAAACUUUGUUGCUUUGCUUCCUUAAGAGGUAGUCCUCGAACGGUUCUCUCUCAAUUGAUGCGUUUGUUAGAAGCAACUCCUGGACAACCUUUUUUUCCUGCUUCCAAGUUGAGUUCAUUUGUAGAAAUGGAAAGCUCCAGACGUACUAGUUUAUCUUCCAGUCGUUCUCCUUUUUACCGACAUUCUAAUGCUGAAAAGAAGCAAAUGAAUGCAAUGAUAUAUGCACCUGCAGCUAAGGCACUGGAACGCAUCGUUGAUGUGCUAUUAACACUUGAUAGAAUUGCGGGAUUUCAGUUUGACUUGUUGACUUUAGAUCCUGUUUUAUAUAAGAGAGCUGAUUGCUUCCAUGGUAUUAUUUUUGAAGCAGUAACUCGCGGAACCUCUAGUCGACCGAGCCAUACCUUUGUUGGUUAUGGAGGAAGUUGGAGGGAGACAGUUUCAGAAGAGUCUGUUUAUUAUCUACAUUCGAAUGUUUCCAAAGAUAGUUGGGAAGCGCUAGGAAUGACAUUUUGUUUAGAAAAGUUGGCAAAGCAAAUAUGUAGCGAGUCUAUGAGACCCUGUAAUAUAUUUGGUUGUGAUGUAUUUGUAAUGAGUAUUGGAGGUGAUGGAUUAUUGGAUUUACGUUUUGCUAUAGUGUCGGAGUUGCGUGCAGGUAAUAUUAGGACUGAAUUUCUUCCUGUUGCCAAUCCCAGUCUUCAUGAACAAAUGUCAGCUGCCAAGUCUUGUGGUGCCCAAUGGAUGGUAUUAUUAAGGGAUCAUGUCAUUGAUUCUCGUUUAGAUGCUGGCGAUAUUAUUUUGAAAGUGAAAAGUUUGAAUGGAAAAACGGAAACGGAAGUAACUCGGAAGCAACUUAUUUAUUAUCUCUCCGAUGUACUUGCCAAUAACAAGGAAUAAAGAACUUGCUCAGAUAUCUUGUGCAGACUUUACGGAAUGUAGUUGUAUGAAC